CCCCCUGUCUGGAGUCGGAGGUGACAGUUUGAGAGGAGGAGCGGCAGUAAGAGCCCUGCUCCGCUGCUCCGCCACACCAGCAGUCAGCCUGUCACACACUUUCAAGAACUAAACCGGAGUUUCCAGCGGUUGGACUUAAACACGAAACCUUAUCCACGAGCUCCCGGUCGGAUCCAUCAGCGCAGGGCGGAGGGGGACGGCUCCGAAACACAGUAACGGUAUCAUGGCUGCCCUGUUUACCGAGCUUCCCUCCUAGACUUCCUUCAUAUCUACACCCACACAUACAUAAACCUCCCUGUAAACCACACAAACACACUCAAUUUUGAGUUGUGGUGUGUGUGAGCAUAUGUGAAGGAUGACAACCUCCCAUCUGAACGGCCAUGUUACUGUGGAGGGAGGGGGAGGAGGAGGGGAUGAAGGUCUGAGGGGAGGACAGCAGCACAGAGAAAUGGCCAUCGACUGUCCGGGAGAGCUGGGGGGUCGGAUGCUACCGCUCCGACGCUCUGCACAGCUGGAGAGGAUACGACAACAUCAGGAGGACCUUCGGCGUCGUAGAGAGGAGGAGGGUCGGCAGCUUGACCUGAACGCCUCACUCAGGCUCAGGAAGCUCUCCCAGAAUCCCCACAUCGGCAUAGACAAUCCUACAUUCCUGGAAGACGCAUACAUACCGCAGCAGACAUUGCUCAGCACCCAGCACGCACAUGCACUGCUAGAGUUGGAGGAGUUGUUGCUGUCCCUGAAGCAGGUCCGAGGCUGCCUGUCCGACCAGCAGAGUCAGAAUGACAUAGAGCUGGUACUUGCACUACUAAACAAGUCUGACUUCCAGUCAGCGCUGAAGAUCCACAAUGCUGUGGCCACCAGCAUGCACCGACCCUCUCCUCCAUACCCCCACACACACCAGGCACUUCAGCUGGCCAUGGAGGUAAGGGAUCUCAUCCAGUCAAGUCAGAACAAAGAGGGACUUGAACUCCACAGCCUGCUGUCAGACACACACGUCCAGUCGAUGCUCCUGGCCCAUGACAGCAUAGCAGAGACGGAAAUGCAGCCCGAAGCACUGCCUGACCAGGGAGAAACACUGACCCAGUGGGGAGGAGAGACUGUGAAGAUCGUUCGCAUUGAGAAGGCCCAAGAUAUACCACUGGGAGCGACUGUUCGUAAUGAAAUGGACAGUGUUGUGAUUAGUCGCAUUGUUCGCGGCGGAGCAGCUGAGCGGAGUGGACUGUUAUCAGAGGGAGAUGAAAUCUUGGAGAUCAAUAGCAUUGAGAUAAGAGGGAAAGAUGUCAACCAAGUCUUUGACAUUCUCGCGGACAUGCAUGGCCUACUGACCUUUGUGCUGAUUCCCAGCAAUCAGAGCAAACCUCCUCCUGUCAAAGAGACUGUGGUUCAUGUGAAGGCUCAUUUUGACUACGACCCCUCAGAUGACCCUUAUGUGCCUUGCAGAGAGUUGGGCUUGUCUUUCCAGAAAGGAGACAUUCUCCACAUCAUCAGUCAGUCAGACCCCAACUGGUGGCAGGCUUACAGGGACGGAGAUGAGGAUAACCAGCCGCUGGCUGGACUAGUACCAGGGAAGAGUUUUCAGCAGCAGAGAGAAGCCAUGAAACAAACCAUAGAAGAAGACAAGGAGCCCGAGAAGCCUGGGAAGCUGUGGUGUGCAAAGAAGAACAAGAGGAAGAGAAAGAAGCCGUUGUACAACACUCACAAGAAUGAUGAUUUUGAUAAUGAGGAGAUUCUCACCUAUGAGGAGAUGGCUCUGUACCACCAGCCAGCCAAUCGGAAGCGGCCUAUUGCACUGAUCGGCCCAACCAGCUGUGGACAGGGAGAACUUAGGCAGAGACUCCUCAACAACCAACCAGAACGUUUCGCCGGAGCUGUACCUCACACCACGAGAAGCCGUAGAGAAGGAGAGCUGGGUGGUCGAGAUUACCACUUUGUGUCUCGUCAGACAUUUGAGGCCGAACUGUCAGCUGGGAAGCUGAUCGAAUCUGGUGAUUUUGAGAAGAACUUGUAUGGGACCAGUUCAGACUCAGUGAGGCAGGUCAUCAACACUGGAAAGAUCUGUGUGCUCUGUCUCCACACACAGGCUCUAAAGGUGCUGAGGAGUUCAGACUUGAAGCCUUACAUCAUCUUUAUAGCUCCACCCUCCCAGGAAAGACUCCGCGCCCUGUUGGCUAAAGAGAACAAGAACCCCAAGCCCGAGGAGCUGCGGGACAUUAUAGAGAAAGCACGAGAGAUGGAGCAGAGCUGUGGUCACCUGUUUGAUGGCGUCAUCGUCAACACAGACCAGGACAAAGCCUUCACCGAGCUGCUACGACUCAUCAACAAACUGGACACUGAACCUCAGUGGGUGCCCUGCUCCUGGCUGCGCUGAAAACACACACACAUCAUUCACAGAGCCCAUUUCUACACAUUUCUCAAACUGGACCUGCUUUUACACAAUGUGCUGUGCUGAUGUUUAUGACCUAACAUUAGGGUUGAUGUAAGGAAUAACAGGAAUGAGAGAUUUUGAGAAUAAAGUCGUAAUAUUAGUAUAAUAUAUAUAUAAUAGUUUGAAAUCGAGUGUCACAACGUCAUUAGAAAAUAAAUGUCUUCAAAAAUUCCAUCUUCCAAGUAAAAUAUUGUUUGCAAUUUAAAUUAAAUUAUUAUUUCAUAAUUUGGGGGAUUUCCUUGCAAUUCUGACUUUAAACGUAACUUUGAACACUUUUUACACUUGAGCAAUGCAGCAGGAGAUUGUCCGCUCAGACGUGUUCACAACACAGAACUCUCUUGUGAGGAGUGGGCUGCAGGCAGAGGCAGGACGCUGCAUAUCAAUUCUGCUGAAACAAUCAACUCUCCUGACCUCUUCUUCUGUGUCUUCUAUGUGUAUGGCACUGCUUUUUCAUCCUGAGAUAUUCUUAUUAUUUGGGGCUUUCUGCAGAAAGUCCUGAGGAUCUCACUCUGGACAUUCUCCAGAAAAGAUGUAAGUGAGACCACUAAUGUCUGAGAUUAUCCAGAGUUCCGUGCAUGUCUGAAAGCAGCGUAAGAUUAUUAUUUUUCUAACUAGAAGAUGUUUCUCUUGUUAAAUUAUUAUUAAUUAAUAACGUGCUGUCAAAACUCUAACUUUUAUUCUACAGUUGUGAUCAUGACACAACCAUUAAUUCUUCAAACAAUAACGUAAUAUUUUGAGUUGAAGUCAAAUUAUACAAUGUCCAUACUCGUUUUUAUUCUUAAUUCUUUUUAAUUGUCAGUUUCUCAUAAAACUACAACUUUACUAAUCAAUACACAUUUCAUCUUCAAAAUAAGGUUUUCUGGUGAUACUAUGACUUUAUUCUCAGAAUUAUUUGUUUCAUUACAAGCUUUUCCUCCAUGACUUUAUUCCUGCAUAUUUUUUGUUCCUUAUAAAAGUACAACUUCUCCAGAAGUUGGUGACUUAUAGUAAUUCCAUCUACAUCACAGCCAUUUCGCCCAACAUUGACCGUAAUACAUUUUGUAGAGAAUACAUCCUCUCCACACUCUUAACCUGGUGUCACUGAUAAUAACACAAAAUGGACAAAUUUUAGUUCAUUGACCGACUGUCAUGAAAGGGAGGGAAACCUUUCUUUUUGUGACAUUGUUAUGACAGUUCUUUCUGUCAUCCUGAAAUACUGAGAAUUUAUUUUUCUUUCUUGUUUUGUUCUUUAUCAGAGAUGCUGGACCUCUUUCAUGCUGCGUCCUUAGACUUUACCAUGUAAUCAUUUAAAUUAUGACACACAAAUCAUUUUAACUUGUACACUUUUACAGUCCAGAUGAUCAAUGUAAACAUCUGAAUUUGAGUUUAAACGUCUGAAUUUGAGUUUAAACUUCAUAAUGUUGGGUUAGAUAUGUAAAAAUGUGCAUAGAUCCCCCUAGUGAGAAGUAAAUGUGAAACACACACAAACAGACAUUAACAUGAAUACACAGACAGACAUUAAUAUACACACACAGCCACUUAGUGCAUAUAUAAAUUCACGCUGAGCCACUACAUUUGUUGCUCUGAAGAACACACGUGUCCUCUAUGUGCACACCACAGCGUGCGUUAGCCACUGACGUCCCCUCGUUCUGCUGGAGUUGGACGAAGGCCUUAAACUGCAGCCUUCUGGACCCUGACUGACUGACAUAUGGACUCACUUACUGGUUAAUGUAAACACAAUUAAAAUAAACACUAAAAUAAACAGAGCACUUGAUAUCACUUUUUACUUGCUCACUUUGUUUUCCUGACUGACCAAUGACAGCUCUCCUUGUCAGCUGACCUGUCUGAUCACAUUCAAGUAGAGCUCUGAGUCUGAGCCCUGAGGGGCAACUGGGUGAAGGACUUUUGUAGUUAUUAGUUGUGAUCCAGAUCGACCGCAGUUCUGAAUUUAUUAUAUAAUUAGUGUCCAGGCGUGUGUGUGAGUGUGAAUGUUUCUGUUUGUGUGCUUGUCUGUAAAGAUGGUGUAGUAUGAAGUAGACCUGACACAUUAUCACUGUUAUCACCGUGUAGAGCAUAUAUAUAUAUAUAUAUAUAUAUAUAUAUAUAUAUAUAUAUAUACUAAAAAAAGCUAAUGCUUGAAAUAGAAGUCCAGAAUGCACCAAUAGAAUUGCAGGUUACCUUGUGCCUCCCUGUCAUUGGUCCAGGAGGAAGAGGGAGGGCAGGGGAAAGUGAAUUAACUGUAUUGAAUGUAAAAUUAAAUUUCCUGUGUAUCAGAUUUCACAUGUUCCUGAGAGAAUCUGCUUUUUGUAUGAAUAUUCACAACGAAUAAAUAAUAGAUGAUUGCUACAAAA